UGAUUUUCUCGAUUAAGUGAAAAAUGAAAGAUCUAUGGUGGGAGUGUCACGUAGUAGCAAUAUCUUUGUUUUGUGCAAAGGCAAUUGGAUGGAACCGCGUUUACAUCAAGCCGAUGGAGUUGUCAUUCUGUGUCUGAAAAUGUAAAUAUUUGUGAUAAACAAAUGAGACUAUGGAUUUUUCAUAUUAUGGCAUUGAACACUAAUGCUCAUGACUGUACAACACUUCAUACGUGGUACUUCAACACUCUUAAAUGGGUCCCUGUGCUCUUCAUAUUUACGAUCGUCGUGCAUGCGACUGGGUGUGUUAUGCACACGUACUUCUGAUGUGUAUAUGUGCAGUUGCAUACAUCCGACAUACCGUGCCGUAGACAACUGAAAGCGACCAAUAUCUCUGUGGUCAUGAAAGGUGUACAAGCAGCCUGAAGAUGUCACAAAGACCCAAGGAAACUAGUGACGAACAAAGAGAGAGAAACAGAGAACGGAUGAGGCGUUAUCGUGCAACACGAACUGCAGAGCAGGCAACCAUUGACCGCCAGAGACAUGCUCAGUAUGCUAAAAUACGUCGUGAGAACAUGUCACCAACUUCCAGGGCAAAAAUGAGGCAGCGGGCUUGUUUACGGGCCAGGGAAAAGAGGGCUUCAUUAUCUGAUGAAGAAAAAGCUGUGUGGCGUGCAAAAAAUGCAGAAUAUCAAAAGCUUAGACGAUCGCGAUUGUCUGAUGAAGAGAGAGAAAGAGUUAGGAGACGCAAUGCAGAGAGAACAAGAGCAAAGAGAGCUAUAAAUGCUGCACAGCCGUCUGUGGACACUGAUUACUCCAACCAGUAUGCAAGUACGGUAGUACAGUCAGAUCCUGGAAAGAAUGAUAUGUGGGAACAAUCUGAUUUUAUACACCCAAGUUUUGCAAUGCCAACUGACGAUUUUGACUAUUUUCCUUUCAAUUUAAAGACUGAAAAUCAUGACGACUGUGAGGGGAACCAGUUUUGGAACUGUUUUGGCCUUAUGAGGCAUGUUAAUUCUGAUGAGGUCAGAGUCAGGUGUGAGCCUUUGCCAACAGACUCAUUUUAUUAUUCAUAUUGAGAUGGUUGUAUUGGCUGUGCUUAGAGUUCACACCAUGUCAUUAAAGUUUAAUAGACAUCGUAUACAGUAUUGUGUCUUUUGUGACAAACAGAACUGGUGGAUUUUCUGUGGGUUACAUCUAGAACAAAAUGAUGAAGACUGUUUCUUGUUCAGAGUGAGAUAUAGUUAAUUGUGUUUUCUGUAAAUUUUUAUACUGCAAAUUAAAUUAGCGAAUUGAAUGUGAAA